CCACACCAAAACACCCCUCAGAAAAUCUUAAUAGCAGAAAAUUAAUUAGCUUCAUCAUAGUCUCCAACAAGGCCCUUUCAUGGGCAACAUUUUGCUGACGUGGCAUAAAAAUUGCAAAAUAAAGUAAAUAAAAUGCCGGUCCCGGACCCAACCCCUUACACGUCUUUCCUUCAUAACUACUUCAAUUUUUGUCGUCGAACUCAAUGAGAGACAGAAAAACCGAAAAAAGCAACAAGGCAUCUUCCAUUCAGAUCAAAUCUCUCAAUAAUUUUUUUUUUUUAAAUUUCUGAAAUCAAAUAACGCCCCACCAGAAAGCACUCUCGUAGGCUAUCGUGAGAGGAAAAUGGGGGUACCGCAGGCAAUGGAGGCAUUGCGGGAGAGAGCAGCGCUAGUAAGAGAGUCGUUGCAGAAGAGCCAAACCAUAACGGAAAGCAUGGUCUCCAUUCUCGGUUCCUUCGAUCACCGACUCUCCGCUCUCGAGACCGCCAUGCGCCCUACUCAGAUACGAACGCAUUCGAUCAGGAUAGCGCAUGAGAAUAUUGAUAAGACAUUGAAAGCAGCUGAAAGUAUUUUGGCGCAAUUUGAUCUCACGCGCAAGGCGGAAGCAAAGAUUCUGAGAGGGCCACAUGAGGACCUUGAAAGCUAUCUACAAGCAAUUGAUCAGCUGAGAAGCAAUAUUCAGUUUUUCAGCAACCACAAAAGCUUUAAGAGUAGUGAUGGUAUUCUUAACCAUGCCAACAACUUGCUUGCAAAGGCUAUCUCGAAAUUAGAAGAUGAGUUUAGAGCACUGUUAACAAAUUACAGCAAGCCGGUGGAACCUGAUCGCCUUUUUGAUGGCCUACCAAAUUCCUUGCGACCAUCAGCAACAUCACCUGGGAAGCAAGGUGAUCAUGGUAGCAAGAAUCAUUCUGAAAACCAAAAGAACUUAGAAAAUGCUGUUUACAUGCCUCCGACUCUUAUUCCGCCCAGGGUUCUACCUUUGCUGCAUGAUUUAGCCCAACAAAUGGUUCAAGCUGGCCACCAGCAACAGUUGUUCAGGAUCUACAGGGAUACUCGUGCUUCGGUCUUGGAACAGAGCCUCAGGAAAUUGGGCGUAGAGAGACUUAGUAAAGAUGAUGUCCAGAAAAUGCAGUGGGAGGUUUUGGAGGCUAAGAUUGGGAAUUGGAUACAUUAUAUGCGUAUUUCUGUCAAACUACUCUUUGCUGGGGAAAAGAAAAUAUGUGAUCAAAUACUCGAUGGCAUUGAUUCUCUUAGGGAUCAAUGUUUUGCUGAAGUCACUGCAAACAGUGUAUCCAUACUGCUUAGUUUUGGAGAGGCUAUUGCCAGAAGCAAGAGAUCACCUGAAAAAUUAUUCGUUCUUUUGGAUAUGUAUGAGAUAAUGAGAGAACUACAGUCGGAGAUUGAAUUUCUGUUUGGAAGUAAAUCUUACAUUGAAAUGUGGGAAUCUGCUCAAAGCUUGACAAAGCGGCUAGCUCAGACAGCACAAGAGACCUUUGUCGAUUUUGAGGAAGCAGUUGAGAGAGAUGCCACCAAAACUGCUGUUCUUGAUGGAACUGUCCAUCCUUUGACUAGCUAUGUGAUAAAUUAUGUGAAGUUUCUAUUUGACUACCAAUCAACAUUGAAGCAACUCUUUCAAGAGUUUGAUGACGGUGAUGGUGAAGUCGAUGCUGAUGCUCAGUUGACUAAUGUAACUACAAGGAUUAUGCAAGCCCUACAGACUAACCUUGAUGGGAAAUCCAAGCAAUAUAAGGAUCCCGCAUUAACACAACUAUUUCUGAUGAACAACAUUCACUACAUAGUGAGAUCUGUGCGAAGGUCAGAAGCCAAAGAUUUGUUGGGAGAUGAUUGGGUUCAAAUUCACCGACGGAUUGUUCAGCAGCAUGCAAAUCAGUAUAAAAGGAUUUCUUGGGCAAAGAUCCUUCAGUGUCUCACGAUUCAGGGGGCUGCUCCACCAGGUGGUGGUGGCGGUGGUCUAUUGGGAGGUGACAGUGGCAGUGGAGUUUCAAGAGCAAUGGUGAAAGACAGGUUCAAGACUUUCAAUGUCCAGUUCGAGGAUCUUCAUUUAAGGCAAUCUCAGUGGACUGUUCCAGACAGUGAAUUACGGGAGUCCUUGAGGCUGGCUGUUGCUGAAGUUCUCUUACCCGCCUAUAGAUCUUUCAUUAAACGUUUUGGGGCUAUGAUCGAGAAUGGGAAAACCCCAGGGAAGUACAUUAGAUACACGCCAGAGGACCUCGAGCGAAUGCUAAGUGAAUUCUUUGAGGGCAAGACAUGGAACGAACAAAAGCGAUAAAUGUUUUUGUGACAAUCUGUAUUCAUUGUUGUUAAAAAAUUUAGGUGCCGAUGAAAUGGAGUUUUCAACCAUUCAUUUGUAGAAUGAAGAGGUAAAAUAAUAGGCCAGGUUAUGCAUUCUUUUCUUUUCUUUCUGCAAGGGUUGCUUCAUUCUUCAUGUGUUGUGGGUGAAAUAUGUAGAGUUGUUAUUGGGGCAGUGAUGCAGCAACACAAGACAGGAAGAACGGAAAGGAAAAGGAGAGGGGGAGAUAAGAGGAGAAACAUAGGACUUUGAUUUCAAUAUAUCCUAAAUAAUAAUAAAAAAAAAACAAAUAUUUAAUGGCGUAAAAGUGUACUUGUCCUA